AUGGGCAUGCAGCGCAACGACCGCUGGCCGUCGGACUACGACCCGGACCCGCGCUCGCGGCGCGGCUCGACGUCUUCUAGAGGCUCAAAGAAGAAGAAGUCUCCUCCUGCUUCGGCUUCCUCUACGCCGAAGAAGGUCACCAAACCGCAGAACUUAGAUUUUGUUGUUACUGGGAAACAGCUGCUAAAGAAGGGUGACCGCGCCAACUCCCUCCCGGGCUCGUACCGUCGCCGCCUCUCCCUUGACACCCCGAAGACCAGGAAACCCCCCUCGCCGAAGAAACUCAACGAGUCCCAGUCCUCCAAGAGUCGGGAGACUUCGCUGGAAGAUGAUGUGUCACUGGAGCUUAGUCAGGUAUCAGAUUUUGAAGACAGGAGCUCAAAAUACGGCGUAAAGAAAUUCAGCGCACUGGCAACAUCCACCCCGAAGAAGAGAGCGUCUCUCCCGCAACCCUGCAAGUGGGACAAGGAUAGUGGGCAGAGUGGGAAGACUGGGAGGAGCGUCAGCGUGUUUAGACCGCCUAGCGUCAGUUACAGUAUGACUCCACAUGUCCACAGGCACACAGCGUCGACAGAGCCCGACUACUCCUCAGUCUCUCCCGAGUACUCUCAAUCCUCGGUGGAGACCUCCCCCGCUCAGACCAAGAUGGAGUGCAGUCAGGACUUGUCCAGUUGCUGCGUCAGCACCUGGCUCGAGGACUCAGACGACACGAGAGUGGAGGAGACCCGGCGAGCUGACGGAGAGUGGAACACGUUCUGGGUCAACUACAACAACUCUAUCGCUAAGGUACCGAUGAAGAGUUACUACGACCAAUGCCCGACGCCGUAUCGGACGGAGAAUAUCGACUUGGCAGAUUUAGAUUUCUCGGAAACCUCCCGCAAGCGCUCCCCUGAAGAUAUGACGAACAUCAACAGUAUCAUCCGCAACGAGGGUCUCCACCUCACCCCUCGAGAAACACAGAAUAUCAUCAAAUGCGCUCAUAUCCUGGGGAACGUACUGAGUACAGCCAUAGAGAGGAGAUCUAGAGAAAAGGAAGUACCUGAUAAAGUGCAGGAGCUCCAAGUCGAAACCGAGGCUGACCCAGAAAAAAAACAAAGGAAAAAAUCAAUGACACUAAACCUGAAAGAGACAAACGUACCCGCCGAAGUUAAAGAGGAAAAGAGAAGCGAGACCGUAACCACACAAACGGAUAUUUCUCUACCGAACACGAAGAGCGCGCCGAGAAUCUUCGAGAAUAUUCUCAGGCAGUUAUCGAGAAGUUCCAUAGACGAGGCGUCUUUGAGAAAGGCGAAGGAAAGUUUGGAAGUUGAAAAGAAGGAAGAAAUAGAUAAAAAGGAAGAGAAAGGUGAGACGAAGUAA